UGCUGUUGGUCAAUCCUCAUCCAAUUCUCAUUCAGCAAAAACAACUGCUCAACCAUUCGAGGGGAGGCCCACCCUCUCUCCCUUAAGAGUUAAAACUUAUAUCGACAGCAAAAUCAUAUAAAUCAAACUACGAGUAAGCAAAUUAGUAAUCUAAUAUGCAAAGGUCUAACAAAAUAUGUUUAAUCCACUCCUGCCCUCAAGAAAUUCGGUAUAUCUAUCUACAAUACCGGAGGGGGAUAUCCAGAGGGCCUUCUUCAAGUGCACAAAAUGGCAGCUGGAAGAAACACUAGAUCCGAUCAACUGUCCGAACCACUACUAUUGCAACAGCAACUAUUCAGGAGAUUACCCAUCUUGGGUUGAUAGUUUGGCGAUUGUCUUCAUCACCAUUACGUUCUUAGCAACCACAGUUUUGAUGGUGGUGGGGAUGAUAGGAAGGAGAAAGGCAACUCCCCUUACUCGACUCAAUCAGUUAAGGAGAUACUUUCUUCCAUCAGGUCCUAUUUUCCUACCCAUCAUUCUUGUCAUCAUGGCAAAAGGACACAGGGUAAACUCUGUGUUCCCUAUGUCGUACAAUGGCCCUGCAAUCCUCCACGUGGUUCGGAUUUCUGCUCUUGCCUUCAAUACUGAAACUAACAGCGACUUCAAGUAUGUGUUCCUCGAGGCAUCAACCAUAUCAGGAAUCCUACAUACAGCACUGUAUUUGGACUCCAUCAUCUUGCCUUACUACACGGGUCUUGAUGCCCUAAUGUCGUCUAAAUUCUCAGGUGAGUGCUUGUCCUGUGUCUGUAGGCAGCAGCCUCUAAUUGUGGGAGGUAUGCUAGUCUACAGGGGGUGGUCAGUAACCACCGCUUUGGUAGUGGCUACUCUGGUAUUCAGAAUAUUCGGCAGGUUGACAACCGAAGAAAGCAAAGGGAAAACCAUGUUGAUGAAGUUUACUAUGGAAAGUUUAAGUUGGAUCUUAAUGACUGUAGAAUGUUUCUAUCUACUAAUCAUUCCUCCACCAAUGAGAUCUUGGACAAAAGCAGCUAGUUUCAGUGGUGUUUUUGUUUUGAUGUGUCUCCAACUUCUUAAAAAAAUUACUACUUCUAUUGUUGCCCAAUACAAUGGCAACUCGCAAAUCCCGGAUGGUAGUAGAUAAUUUUGCAACAAGAAUGCAAAAAAACAGCGACAUGUUUAAACAAACAAAAUUCAUUGUCAUUUCAUCAAUAGCAUAUUUUUCA